AUGGCCCAAAUGGAAAAAUCGCUACAGUCUGCAUCUACUGUAGAGGAAGAGGAAGAUUAUGGACCACUGCUGAUCGGGAAGCUGGAGGGCAAUGGAAUCACUAACGGAGAUAUUAAAAAGCUUGCGGAAGCAGGAUUUCACACUGUUGAAGCUGUUGCAUAUGCGCCGAAGAAGCAACUACUUGCGAUCAAGGGCAUUUCCGAGGCGAAAGCUGACAAAAUACUCCUGGAAGCAACGAAGCACGUACCGAUGGGUUUUACGACAGCGACCGAAUACCAUCAGAAGCGGUCGGAAAUUAUUCAGCUAACAACGGGAUCAAAGGAGUUGGACAAACUGCUUGGUGGGGGCAUUGAGACCGGCAGCAUCACGGAGAUGUUCGGAGAGUUUCGGACCGGUAAGACACAGCUAUGCCACACGCUGGCCGUGACGUGCCAGUUGCCGGUGAGUCAGAACGGAGGCGAAGGCAAAUGUUUGUACAUCGAUACGGAGGGAACGUUUCGACCGGAGCGAUUGCUAGCUACGGCCGAACGGUACAAACUGGUCGGUGCGGACGUCCUCGACAAUGUGGCGUAUGCGAGAGCGUACAACACUGAUCAUCAAAUGCAUCUGCUGAUGGUAGCAUCGGCUAUGAUGGCGGAAUCGAGAUACGCGCUUAUCAUAGUGGAUAGCGCAACCAGCCUGUACCGGACAGAUUACAGUGGCCGUGGAGAGCUCGCAGCUCGGCAGACACAUUUGGCGAAGUUUCUGCGCAUGUUGCUACGACUGGCGGACGAGUUUGGGGUAGCGGUGCUGAUCACGAAUCAGGUUGUAGCACAGGUUGACGGUGCGGCCAUGUUUAAUCCGGAUCCGAAGAAACCCAUUGGCGGUAAUAUUAUAGCGCACGCGUCUACCACCCGCCUAUAUCUCCGGAAGGGUCGGGGUGAAUCAAGAAUCUGUAAAAUAUACGACUCGCCGUGUUUGGCGGAAGGAGAAGCCACAUUCGCUAUCAAUCCGGAUGGAAUAGGCGAUGUGAAGGAAUAG